AUGCGAGAGCUGCUGAUAGUAGGUGCCGGCAUCACGGGCUCUCUGACUGCCGCCUUGCUCGCCAGAGCACGGCCUUCUCUCUCUCUGACUGUAUGGGACAAGGCCCGGGGUGCCGGCGGCCGCAUGAGCACCCACCGAGACCCCGCUAACCCGGCCCUGCACGUAGACAUGGGGGCUCAGUACAUCUCCCGAUUUGCGCCUCGUCCAACAGACACGGCUGCGUUUACAACUCUAAAGGAAGAGCUGUACUCUGAACUGUUGAAGUGCCGCGUCUUGCAGCCUCUGAGCGGAAAGAUCGAGGGAGAAAGGAGCAACCUUGCGGGGGCAGAAGAGGCCAAAUUCGUGGCCCCUAAAGGUAUGAACAGCGUCGCAAAACACUUUCUGGAACAGUCGAGAGCUACUGUGGCCUACCAGCACCAGCUACAGACCACGCACGUCAGAGAUGGCCGGGUGUUCUGUGACACUUCAGCUGGUGCAAGUGCCAACUUUGAUGCAGUUAUCCUGACCAUACCUGUUCCACAGAUCCUCGCACUCAAUGGAAACUUUGUAGACCAUUUGGACUCUGGGACUCGAGCUAGCUUAGAAGCAGUGAAAUAUUCAUCGCGGUAUGCACUAGGACUUACACUUAGUAGUGUUUCUGCAUCAUCAUGCAGUUCGUUUGAUUGGACAAUGAAGUACGUGGACCAUCCCAUCAUCCGGUUUAUGAGUUGGGACAGCUCUAAAAGGGGGAGCAGUGAAUUCGAAACCAAAAGUGAUUGCCUCUUGGUUCACACUGGUGUGCCCUUUGCCACUGAACACUUGGAGACUGAUAAACCACGAGUCCAGGAGCUCGUUAUGGCUGCCCUGACAGAGGUUCUCCCCGAAGUCCCCUGGGGGGCGGCAAAACACAGUCACCUCAUUCGCUGGCGUUACUCGCAAGUUUUGACUCCGUACAAAGACACUCGCGGCUUUGCAGAGCUGUCCGCCAGUGACCAACCCCUAGUGCUGGCUGCAGGAGAUGGCUUUGCUGGGUCCAACUUUGAGAACUGCCUUUUCAGUGCACAGAACACUGCAGACCACAUCCUCAAACAUUUAGAGCCGCGAUUCAUACUACUACUUAAUCUUAGGUGA